CUGUGUUACUGUUUCCUGGUCUCUGAUUGGCUCAGCUGUGCUCUAUAGAGGUCACUUGUGAAUCAGGAAGUGUGAUGGGUGCCACGCUGGCUAAUGGAGGCAUCUGUCCAAUCACAGGCGAGCGAGUGCUGAGCGCAGAGGCCGUUAGGAACACGCUCAGUCUCAUGCACUCCUGCGGCAUGUAUGACUUCUCUGGAGAGUUUGCUUUUCAUGUGGGCUUACCUGCAAAGUCAGGUGUGUCAGGUGCAGUCCUGCUAGUAGUUCCCAACGUCAUGGGGAUGAUGUGCUGGUCGCCUCCUCUGGACAAGGUGGGCAACAGCGUCCGGGGAAUCGACUUCUGCCAGGAUCUGGUGUCGCAGUUCAACUUUCACAACUAUGAUAACCUGAAACACUUUGUGAAGAAGCAGGACCCACGCAGGCAGUUCGGUGAUGACAGGAACAAAUCUGUGGUGAAUCUGAUGUUUGCUGCUUACAGUGGAGAUGUCUCUGCCCUCAGAAGGUUUGCUCUCUCCUGUGUGGACAUGGAGCUGAAGGAUUAUGACUCUCGCACAGCCCUGCAUAUUGCAGCUGCUGAAGGUCAUGCAGAGGUCGUGCAGUUUCUCACCAAAAUCUGCUGCGUCAACCCUUUUGUGAAGGACAGAUGGGGGAACACUCCCCUGGACGACGCCAUGCAGUUUGGCCAUGACGAGGUGGUGAAGCUCUUGCAGGAGUACCAGAAGCACUGCAGCAAGACAGAGCCCCCACCGGCAGGGGAGGAGACCAACAAACAGCAGUCAGUGGAAGGAAUGGUGUGAGAGGAGACUCGAACUUCUGCUGACUCACUACAACCAGACAUGCUGCACGUCAGCACAUCUGUGAAAAAUACCUGUUCACUUUCAUGACAGGACAAGCUAUUCUUUUUGGAGGUUUGCUGAUUGGUUUACACAGUAUAGUUGGCCAUUUUAGUUGCUGAUCACAGAGCCAGCAAGGUCAAGUAUUCCAAAAAUAUGACUUAAGGCAGCUUUAAUGUAGCAGCUUCGAUGUAAUGGGUAGUAGAGUGUUACAAAAUGGGAUAUUGACUUUCUCUGAAGGAUAUAAGACUUGCUUUUGACGAGCUUUGAUAUACAUACCCAGUUUUCGACAUCGUUUUCACAUCGUCAUUUGAUGGUAUUGAUAUAUUUUCUCUCUUUUGGCUAGUGUGUUUUGUAGUGGAGUGAUACUGCCAUAUACACCACAAUGAUGAGAGGGAAUCUGUGUGCAGUUCAAGAUGCAGUCUGUGACUCUGGCGUAAGGUUGUUGAUAUUUCAGCUCAACAGCCAGUCAAAUUAAACCCUUCUGUUCUGUGUGUCUGAAGCAGUGUUGAUUAGCUGGAGUAGUGUAUGGCUUGGCUCGAGCCACUGGGUUGGCUUCCCAUUUACAGGACUGUGUGCGUACACUCAAGAAUAUUUGAGCGGGCAUACUGAACGGACAGCUCGAGGACCGUGAGGAUCAAUUUGCUGAAUUUGACAAAAAGUGUAUGGGAUUAGAAU